UUGUAUGCUACUGCAAUGGAGGAUAAAUGUUUAUUACCGCAUUGUGCAAUGCAGAGAAAAAUUAAUAGACGAGAAAGAAAAAAAAUAUGUUAUUAUUUUUUAAUUGAAUGUUAUCAGUGCUGUUAAUAAUAUGGAUGCAGUUUAUUUUUAAAGUAAAAUUAAGUGAGUGUCAACAUGCAGGAAAAUACGUUCCCAGCGGCUGAAAAAAUACUUUCUGAUAUUGAAAAUGUUAUUAAAAAAGAUACGAACCUUCAAAGUUUCGAAAUAAUCUUAGAAGACGACAAUGAAAACAAAUCUCCAGUUUAUCACGAAGAAAAUUCUCUGGGUCUGGCAUCUUGGUGCAUUCAGCCACUCUACUGCUACACAUACAAUCGUCUCAUUGAAUCACGAAAUAAUAAAUUCCGUCGAGAAGAUCCAGGGACAACUUCUCGAUGGCUACUGGGUGCGAUUCUUCUCAACCCCGAUGUAAAUACUUUUUGGAACAUGAGACGUGAACUAGUUCGCAAUGGUCGUGUCGAUGCGAUACAAGAGUUGCGAUUAAUAAAAAUAGUUCUUUUUCACAAAGCAAAAUGUUUCGAGGCAUUUUCUUAUCGGCGAUGGAUUAUCCAAUAUAUUUUAACAGAGAACAGACAUUCAGAUGACAUCAGUUUGUUGUUACAAACAGAAAUAAAUGUCGCUGUAAUGUCAGCUGAUCGAUAUGCGAAUAAUUAUCAUGCCUGGAGUUAUCGACAGCACGUAGUGUCGAUGUAUGAGGCCUUAGUAUCAACGAAUUUUCAUCAGUUUAUUAUUUCUGAAUGGGAGUCGUCGGAAAAAUGGUGCAGUCUACAUGUUUCUGACCACAGCGGGUUAUCUUACAGACAAUUUCUGCUAAAAAAAUUACUCAUUAAAUCGCAAGUACUUCAAUCUGAUGAUACCUUGAGCUCAGAAUUUGUCAAUAAACGGCGUAAAAUAAUUUAUGAGUACAUUAAAAAAUAUAACAAUGGACAAGGUUGUAAAGACAUCAGUUGUUUAUACAAUGGAGGAUACUGCGAAAUAAUAAAUACUCUUCAUGGUGAUUGUAAAAUAAAAAAACUAGACAUUGAUUAUGAACGAGUGCUGAUAGCUUUGUCUUAUUGGGUAGAAGAUUGUAUUUUAAAUCAAGAUCUUAUUAAAUGUUUUCCUGGUCAUGAGGCCCUUUGGUAUCAUCGAAGAUUCCUGGGGCAUGCACUCAGAUGUAUUAAACUCUCGUACUCAAAGUAUUCAUGUUACAAGGCUGAGUUUUUAGAAUCUCCGCAUUGUAUUAGAGUUGAUAAUAAUGAUCAACGGUCAAGUGAUAAAGACUCUCAUAAUUUACUUGAGAUUGCGUUUAAUAAUAAUAAUAUAGAAAUAAUUGAAUUUUCAAAACGUCAAGGUAGCUAUCAAAGUAAUAUUGCUGAUAAAUUUAUCAAAUUUUUAGAUACUUUGAAUUUUAAAUAAUUUAUAUAGAAAUCAAAAAUAAUUGUCGGAGUACACAAAUUAAUACUUUUGAAGUAUAUUUUAGAU